AACUCAAAUACAAAACCCUAGUGUUAGUGAGCAACUAUAUAUUUCACUCGCCGCCUCCACCACGAGCUAGGGUUUGAUCUCAGCACCUGCAAUUCCUCUAAUCACCGAAUCCAGCAACAAUGGUUGCCGCCAAGAAAACCAAGAAGACCCAUGAGAGCAUUAACAACAGGCUCGCUCUUGUGAUGAAGAGUGGCAAAUAUACCCUCGGUUAUAAAACCGUUCUCAAAUCCCUGAGGAACUCCAAAGGAAAAUUGAUUAUCAUUGCCAACAACUGUCCGCCUUUGAGGAAGUCAGAAAUUGAAUACUAUGCCAUGUUGGCAAAGGUUGGAGUUCAUCAUUAUAAUGGGAACAAUGUGGAUUUGGGAACUGCAUGCGGCAAAUAUUACAGAGUGUGCUGCCUCAGCAUUGUUGACCCCGGUGAUUCGGAUAUCAUUAAGACACUACCUAGCGAGCAGUAAAGUAGUGUUAAGUCUUUUGCUUGGUAUUUUCUGUUCCGUUGAUUCAGACAUUGUUAAAGCAAAUUGUAAUUUAGAUUUAGACUAUCUAUCUGGUGUACGAUGCAUGGUUUUUGGGUCUUCUAGCUGAUUGAGCAUCGAGUAAUUUUUGACAAUGAUUUUUUGUUUUGCAUGUUCUGUGCCCCAAUUUCUAUUGAUGUAGUAAUUCUAGUUUAAUCUUGC